AAAAGUCUACUUCCAUCGACUUCCCGCCGAAAAAUGCUGAAUCUACAGAGAUCACAGGUCUCUGUGUCCCAAUCAGCGGCCGCAGAACGCCUCCGUCUCAAGCUCACAACGAUUAUUUCUCGGCACCAUGGAAUGAAGACGGCGUAUCAACGACUCAAAUCUCAGAUCAACUCCGGUUUGCUCGAGGUAGAGGAAGUGUUUACUUCUCUUGCCAUUCCCUUGAUGAAAUUAGUUGGACUCAAAACUUCCGAAAUGUCUAAAGAAGGAAGGUUUACUACCAUUGUUAUCGAUACUGAUUCACCUCAGGAAAUACGAAGAAACGAUGGCGUAUAUGGUUCGCCGACAGUAUCAGUGCUUUCAGUAGGAAAAGAAGAACAAAAAACUAACAAAUUGCAGGUUGAAAACUAUGCUACAAAAGCUACCAUAGCAGGCAAAGAACUCGUAGAGAAUCAACAAGCACGAUUAAUACAACUUGUUCGCAUGCUUAGAAAGAUUGAAACCCAAGUCAAUUCUCGCCAAAAUGAUAUCCUCCAGACCUUAGCUAACCACCGUGCCUCCCUCCAAAAAAUUUUCAAGAAAGCCCUGUGCAGUUUAAUCAACCUUCACGGUCAAAACCAUGACACCUAUUUCAUUACAUUGAAACUCAUGCGAGCCUUAUUUGACUACAUGAGUUCAGUCUUUGGCUCAGUUGAGAAUGGUGUGGAGGAACUAAUAGAGAAUUUAGCUGAACACAUGUGUAAUCCAAUGAUGGAAUAUGUCAAGGGUCUCAAGGCUGAUAUGAAAUUUGGGACAUAUUCUCGCUUGCUGGCUGUUGUAGAGGAGAUGGUAAUAGCACUAAAAAAUGGAAGGAUUGAGUUGGAGGAAGCAAGGAUGAGAGUCAGAGCGGCAGAAGAGGGGAAGAUAGAGGCAUUGUGCAAGUUAAAGGAAGCAGAAGAGAGAGUUAGGAGAAUGAGUGAGAGGGUUGGUUCCUCCCGGAAGCCAAAACAGAAUACUGUGUUCUACCGAAGAUUACCUAGUGGGUUUCAGUUUUUCUUAGGCGAGGAGGGAGAUGAAGAUAAAGAUGACAAUUUGUUGUGGGAGCUAUUGAAUAAAAGAAGAUAUAAAGCACCGGAGAGCCCCAUGGGACCUGGAGGACUAUUGUGCUUUGAGCCCAAUGGCAAGCGUCGUAAGCCCACCAGGGAAGUAAGGCUGAUGUUAGGUAAUAGACCUAUUUCCCGUAAUCGUAACAAUGCAUUGAGUAGUGGUUUACUGGGUCCUCAAGUCCCUCGCAAAGACACUCGGAUUCCCUUGGGCUCAUCGCCUUCAGCGGCAAUUCAGAAAGUCGUUUCACGAUACCAUACCAAUCCAUAAAUUCAUUAUUAAAGUUUAGGCUCUGUUGUCUCGACUACAUUCACCCACUGUAAACGUUUAGAUCUAAUUUUUUUUUUUUUAGUGAGCCAGACCAGACAACGCUGCUGUCUUUGGAAACUGCCAAGGUUUGUGAUUGAAUACUGCAUUGCAACUUGGCAUUGCACAGGAUUUAAUCGAGGAUGGUGAAUUAUAUUA